UUUCUCGCUGAAAGUCUUAUCCCCCCUCGGGCCGAGGGGCGAUUUCCCUUUCCAAGCGAAUGCGAAAGGAAAUUCUCACCGCGCAGACUCGUACAAAAUGGCGACCCGAAGUUAUGAAGUCGAUGCGGUUCACUCGCUUUUACCGAUCGAUAUUAAUGGAGGAUUCGGAGUUUUCGGGGUCUCUUGUGCAGUGCACAUAUUUCGUGAAUUCAGGCUCCAGUUGAGUGAAAAAAUCCUAAAAAGUGUUGUUUUGAAGCUGUUACAUCAUUGUGAAUUUGCGAGGCUUCUAAUAGGAUUGCGAAAUGUGUUUCAAAUCACGCAGUACAUAAGCCCGGUGUGAUCCAACCCCCAUCCUCUCGAAGCUGUAGAGGGAUCCAAUGGUACUGGUGAAGAGCAGGGACGAAGACUACAUCAUGAACUCUGCAGUCAGCACGGAAUCUAUUGACAUGCCUGAUGAGGACAUGUCGCAAGUAGACGGUUGCGGUCUGAGCGGCGCGUCGGACGAUGAGGACGAGUGCGUGUCGUCCCCCGCCGGGUCGGCGUACGACGACGGCGCCGACAUGAUAAAGUCGGCGCUCAGCGACGAGGUCACCAAGCAGCUCGCCGCCGCCGGUCCCGUAGGCAUGGCAGCAGCGGCCGCCAUCGCGUCGUCGAAGAAGAGGAAGCGACCGCACUCGUUUGAGACUAACCCCUCCGUUAGGAAGCGACACCAGAACCGCCUGCUCAGGAAACUCAGGCAAACAAUAGAAGAGUUCGCGACCCGCGUGGGCCAGCAGGCCGUCGUGCUGGUCGCGACCCCUGGCAAGCCCAACACCUCGUACCGCGUGUUCGGCGCCAAGCCGCUCGAGGACGUGGUCCGCAACCUUCGGUGCAUGAUCAUGGAGGAGCUUGAAAACGCGCUCGCGCAACAGUUCGGUGUGGGCGCGGGGCAGGCGCCGCCGCCGCCGCAGGACGACCCGUCGCUCUUCGAGCUGCCGCCGCUCAUCAUCGACGGCAUCCCCACCCCCGUGGAGAAGAUGACCCAGGCGCAGCUGCGCGCCUUCAUACCGCUCAUGCUCAAGUAUUCUAUGGUGCGCGGCAAGCCCGGUUGGGGCCGGGAGUCGACGCGGCCGCCCUGGUGGCCCAAGGACCUGCCGUGGGCCAACGUGCGCAUGGACGCGCGCUCUGAAGACGAGAAACAAAAGAUGUCGUGGACGCACGCGCUUCGCCAGAUCGUGAUCAACUGCUACAAGUACCACGGCCGCGAGGACCUGCUGCCCGCCUUCACCGAGGACGACGACCAGAAACCCACGCAGCCCAUAUCAGCGUGCAUGCCGUCCGCGUCGUCCAACUCGUCGCGCGGCUCGCCCGGCCGCUCCGCGCCCGCCGUGCUGGCCAGCCAGCAAGUCUGCAUCGACCAGAUGACGCUCACAGACGUCGAUAUGUCACAAUACGCGCCAGCGGUGCUACAGACCAUAACCAACCCGGACGGGUCCGUGUCGCUCGUGCAGAUCGACCCCUCGCACCCCAUCAUCACGUUGCCGGACGGCACCACGGCGCAAGUGAUUCACAGCGGCGAAGGCGGAAGUGGAGUUGUCCAAACGCUGGACGGCGAGUCAGUCGCUGUAGAUCUCAAUGCUGUGACCGAGGCUACGCUCAACCACGACGGGCAGAUCAUACUCACCGGCGAGGACGGGCAUGGGUACCCGGUGUCGGUGUCGGGCGUGAUCACGGUCCCCGUGUCGGCGUCCGUGUACCAGUCCAUGGUGGCGUCCAUGCAGCAACAGGACGGCGUGUGCGUGGCGCCGCUAGUGCAGGUCGAGCAAAACGGCGAAGGCCUAGAAGCGCUCGGGAUGGGCGGCGGCGUGGCGCAAGUUAUGCUGCAGGGCGGCGACGCGCAGGUGCUGCAGGUGCUGAGUCUCAAGGACGCCACCGUGCUGACCAAGGCCAUGCAACAAGUGAAAGCGGAGCGCGACGCAGUGGUCGCGGACUCCUAGCUGCUGACCCUGGUGGCGCGCGCCGAGGCCGACGCCGAGCUGGCGGGCGAGCGCGCGUAGCGGCCUCCCCCCCCUCCGCCGC